CAAAUUUCCACUAAACAGCGGCGGCCGUGCGCGGCCACGAUUGGCGCAAUGGGCAAAAAGGACAAGAUCAGCGCGGACGCGAUGACGCUGUUCCGCAAGCAGCAAAAGGCAAAGGAAAAGAAAAAGCUUAAGGUUGACCGAGUCAAGGGCAAGACGUCCAAGCUCGCGAACAUGGACCCAACGGAUCUUCGAGAAAAGAUCAAGACACUUGAGAGGGACGAACAGAACGGUGCGUUGGACGGAGCUGGACGCCAACGCAAGCAAGAGCUCGAGGACACGUUGCGUCAAGUUCUUCGAUAUCGUGCCGACGCUGAAGCUGAAGCAAAGGCAGCGAAAGCUGCCGCCCCGCCAGAGAUCAAGUCGGCCAAAGACUUGGCCACCCAGAACGCGAAAACCUACCAAAAUCCAGAACUUUCCAUCCACUACGACCCGGUAUUCAAUCCCUUCGGCGUGGCUCCGCCGCCUGGCCAUGCUUACCUUCCGAACGCCCCCAGAGUGGUGCCAGCCGCUGCAGCUGCCGCGGCCGUCGCCAGCGCGAACCUCCGCAACGAAAUCCCGGGCCAGCCUCCGCUGCCCAAAGGACCCCGACCUCGCCAGCGUAAUCGAAAUCGGCCACCAUUGCCUUCUGGCCCCCGUCCGCACCGACCACCCCCACCACCUCCUUCCCAGAACAACCAGAACAAACGCCCAGUUGGUGUAUCCGCUGUGCACCCCGCUGCACCACCUUCGACGUCUGCAGGGAUGCCACCACCGCCACCACCUGUAGCAGCUUUCAUUCCGCCGCCACCCCCGCCACCUGUUGCAGCUCCCAUUCUGCCGCCACCCCCGCCGAGUAUUCCCCCGCCUCUCCCUCUGGCAAUUCCGCCGCCGCCUUUGCGUAGAAACCCGGCGCAGGACGAAAUCCAACAUGAGCAAUUGCGCGCGAUGGUUCCCAUUGCAGUGCGCCACAAAGCCCCGACCAAGCACGCGCCAAGGCAGCCCCCUCCUCCGCCCCCGUCAAGUCAUUUGGUGUUUCAGCCCACACCACUCCAAGAAUCGACGGCUCGCGCAUCCACCAAGGCGCCGCCAGCCGAGCCAAAGGACGAAUAUGCAGCGUUCAUGGACCAGAUGAAAGCGAUGGGGGCACUGUAAAAAGAGGGCUGAUUCCAUUC